AUGGAUCAUAAUUAUUCAGGAUGUUAUAUCCCACCACCCCAUGAUUUCCACCACCGGACUGAUAAUUUGGUGGAAAUCACCCAGCUUAUUAUUUAUACUACAGUACUUCCAGUUGUUUGUACAGCUGGUAUAUUCGCUACUUUUAUUUGUGUCCUGAUUUUUACUCGUCCACAAAUGCGUUCCUCCUUGAACAUUUAUCUAGCUGGCUUAUCAUUUUUUGAUCUGAUUCUUCUGCUUGUUUCACUUCUUAUUUAUCCUCCUAUGCAGAUUUGCUUGCAAAAUAAUGUAAGUCUUUGUUUUUACCUUCUCCAACAGUAUAUAUUCAUUUAA